AAAAGGAUCAAACACCCCCUGUGAUCGGCACGACCCCCAGCCCUGUUCUCAUGGAAAUCAGAGCCUGCCUCCAGGACACACUUUGUGCACACAUGCAAAGUUGAAGCGCAUUCCCAGCCGGGACCAGCCAGGAUGAGGAUGUCUGCGCGGAGCUGAGCCUUCCAUCCAUCUCCCUUUUUUUCCGUUGGUUUCUUUUCUUUUCUUUUUUUUUACCCUCUGGAUCCACACAUUCUUCUUCUUCUUCUUUUUCCAUCAUGCUGGAUUUUACGCAGCGCCUGCUUUUGUGCGCGCUCCUCGGCUCCGUUUACGCGUCGUGCCCUCCGCGGUGUGAGUGUUCAGAGGCGGCUCAUACGGUGAAGUGCGUGUCCAAAGACCUGCGCACCGUGCCCACCGGGAUCCCGGGAUACACCAGGAAUCUGUUCAUAACCGGGAACCAGAUCAGCCGGAUCGGACCCGAGUCUUUCACCGGACUGGAGAACGUCACCAACCUUUCACUGAGCAAUAACAGAAUUUCCGAGGUGGAAUCCCACACCUUCGCCAGACUCCGCAGCCUUCGCACUUUGGACCUGAGCAACAACCAGCUGGCUGUCAUUCACCCCGAGGCCUUCACUGUCCAGAACCAGUCCCUUCGGGAGCUCAACCUGAGCCGGGCCCUCUACAACCACUCGUCGGUGCUGGACCUGGCCACGUGCCUGCGCUGGAGCUCCUUGGGAAGCCUGCGGGUCCUGGAUCUGUCCGACAACAGCCUCAUCUAUUUACCUUCACGCAUCUUCUCCCACCUGACCAACCUGCGGAGGCUCCAGCUGUCCAACAACUCCCUGGUGGCCAUACACAACUCCACCUUCCUGGGCUUGGAGCGGCUGGAGGAGCUGGACCUGACCCUCAACGCCCUCAAGACGGUGCCCGAGGAGGGUCUGACCGAGCUGGACUCCCUGCCUAGAACUACCCUCCUGCUGGGGGAGAACCCCUUUAUAUGCAAAUGUGGAAUUGAACCUUUUACCAUGUGGCUCAACAGAUCCCAGGGCCGCAUCAGGGACGUGGAGGGCCUGGUGUGUUCGUUUCCCGCCAGCAUGAGGAACACGUCGCUGCUGGUGGCGGGCAGGCUGACUCUGGGAUGCCACCAGAGGGACGCGGGCGGAGAUCUGGCCCUGCAGACCUCCUAUGUCUUUCUGGGAAUCGUCCUGGGCUUCAUCGGCCUCAUCUUCCUCUUUGUACUUUAUCUCAACCGCAAGGGCAUCAAGAAGCGGAUCUACGACAUGCGCGACGCCUGCAGGGAGGUGUGGGAAGGCUACCACUACCGCUUCGAGAUCGACUCCGAUCCCAGGUUAUCGCAGGUGUCGUCCAGCGCAGACGUGUGAGAGGACACCGUCUUUUUUUUUCCUUAUGAAACAGACUUUUUCUAACGCAUUUAUCUGUAGCGACGUGUAAAAAGUGUACAGAUUUGUCUGUAAAUAUAUACAUACAAUAGAGUUAAUAAUCAUUCUGCCUUGAUUAAAGCAUGCACUGCCCAUCUUUUCUUGAUUCGCAGCAACUAACCACCCUCUUUUCAAACACAAAAUCUCAAGUGAAUAUAUUGUCCGAUGAAUGUUAUGUCAUACAGUGGUGGAAAAAAGUUUUGGACACACCAUGCAUUUGUGAUAUAUCAUCAAAGACCCAGGAAAGUAGAAGUUUUGUCUUUUUUACA